AUACACACCUUGACCACAACUCCAUCGAUCCCUCCACCAAUAAUUCCCAACGUCCCCCCCUCCCUUCAUAAAUAUAUCCCUCCUCAGUCCCAGUGAUCGGAACUCCUCUCUCUCUCUCUCUCCCACACACACACUUGGGGCCAAAAGCGGACGUUUCAUGCGCUGAAGAAGUUUGAUUGGGAGGAAUUAAAAUUGUGGGAGGAUGAGUUGCAACGGAUGUCGAGUUCUUCGAGAGGGAUGCACUGAGAAUUGCAUAUUGAGACAAUCGCUUCAUGGUAUCGAGAGCCACCAAGCUCAGGCCAACGCCACCAUUUUUGUCGCCAAGUUUUUCGGCCUUGCCGGCCUCAUGUCCUUGCUCUCCUCCGUCCCCGAGUCUCAACGUCCUGCUUUGUUUCAGUCUCUGUUGUUUGAAGCGUGCGGACGAACUGUGAAUCCGGUGAACGGAGCCGUGGGACUGUUAUGGACGGGGAACUGGCAUGUGUGCCAGUCGGCCGCGGAGACAGUGCUCGGAGGCAGAGCCUUAUUGCCGAUCAGCAAAUCUCCUGCCGAGGAAUCCGACGGUGCCUCCGGAGGCGGAGCCUUACUGCCGAUCAGCAAAUCUCCUGCCGAGGAAUCCGACCAUGCCUCCGGAGGCGGAGCCUUGCUGCCGAUCAGCAAAUCUCCUGCCAAGGAAUCCGACGGUGCCUCCAGUACGAAUAAUAUCGACCUCUUCGGAUACCAAGAUCAUCUCGAUUUCUCCCAUAGGCAGAACAACAGACAGGAGUUAGCAGCGGCGAGACAAGAUCCAGCCGCCGAUCCCCAUCAAAGCAAGAAGCAAGAUUUCUCGGCCAUGAAUAUGAAGUUGGCCGGUGGGACAGCGACUCAACCAGUGGAGGUGGAGGUGGAGGUGCCGGCGCUUAUCUCGGAGUUAUUACCGAGGAUGACGUUGGGGAGUGGAUCAGCACAAAAUCUGAGAGCUUUUGAAAGCGAGGUGCCGUGUAGGAGAACCUCCUGGGAAGAACGUUAUUUUUGUGGUAUUAGAUUUACCAGCCGCAAGAAAACUUAUCCUUCUACGACCAAAAUGACAAGUUACCGUUACGUUUAGGCAAUUCCUGGCAGCAGAAACGGCAGGGAUUUGUUGCAGGUUACGUUUAGGCAAUUCCUGGCAGCAGAAACGGCAGGGAUUUGUUGCAGGUGGGGGUUCUGGGGUAACUUCUACAACCAAAAUGACAAGUUACCGUUAAGUUUAGGCAAUUCCCAGAGGCAGAAACGGCGGGGUUUUGUGGCGGGUGGGGGUACUAGGGUAACUUUUUGAGUUCUCACUCUUCUACUAAUAAUGUGUGCUCCUGGUCGAUGUAUCUUUUCUUUUGUGCUGAAGUCCGCUAGGCUUGUGGUUUGGUCUAAGUUCUGGGGAAUCAUCUGUGUAAAGUCCUCCUCCAUUGCUUUGUUUGGAUAGCCUGUUUGUUACAGUGUCCUCGUAUUGUUAAGUUAUUAUUGGAGUCCAAA